UGAGCGUCUGCCCUCGGAACAAUACAGUGACAUCCAGCGUGCCAGCAAUAUGGAUACAGAUAACAUGCGUGUUGGGUGCUAGACGAGACAAAAACAAAAUGUGGAUACCGACCGAACAUGAAAAAUAUGGCGUGGGCACAGCAAGAAUAGAAGAACUGAGAAUUUAGGAGGCGGCAAACAGGGGACUCCGGACUAGCACAGACAGCCUUGUGUGGCAAAGGAGAAGAGAAGGAAGCGGGGCAGGAAAGAUGCAACAUUAGUGCUGGCAAAUUUUCGUGGAACGGUUCAGCAUGGUCUGCCCCUGGAGAUCGGCGACACGGUGCAGAUUUUGGAGAAAUGUGAAGGAUGGUACAGAGGAUUCGUUGUAAAGAAUCCAAAUGUCAAGGGAAUAUUCCCAAGCAGUUACAUUCAUCUGAAACAAGCCCACAUAAAGAACAAAGGGCAGUUUGAGACGGUCAUACCGAUGGAGGAGUCGGUCAUCACGGAGAUGACGGUGACUUUGAGAGACUGGGGUACCAUGUGGAAACAGCUCUAUGUGAAGAACGAGGCCGAGCUCUUUCACAGACUCUGGCAUGUAAUGACAGAGAUCCUGGAGCUGAGACAGCAGGUCCUGCUCGGUCACCUGACCCAGGAGCGCAUAACUGACAUCAAGCAGCACAUUGUAGCAAGACUCGACUGGGGCAACGAGCAGCUGGGAUUGGAUCUGGUCCCCAGGCGGGACUUCAGUAUGGUAGACCCAGAUGAGAUCAGCGUCACCGAGCUCUAUCGCUUGAUGGAGCGGCGGCACCGUAAGCGAGAGCCUCCGCUUCAGGCCAACAUGCAUCACCUGUUCCUGCAGACCAACAGUUUGCUGAACUGCAGCCUGGCCGAAGAGCUCGAGGUCUUCUUCUUUAUCUAUGACAACAGGGAGAUGCGACCGAUCAGCGAGAGGUUUUUGGUGCGCCUCAAUAAGCAAGGGGUUCCAAAGUCACCUGAGAAAACAGAAAGGCAGUGCACGCUCUUUGUUGAUUUGGGAAGUAGCGAUCUCCGCAAAGAUGUAUAUGUUGUAGCUCAUAUUUUUAGAAUAGGGCGAAUGGUUGCUGGCGAGAAGAAGUCAGUGUGUAACACGCAGUACAGACGUCCAUUUGGCUGCGCUGUGAUCAACAUAUGUGAUCUGCUGACGGCCGACUGCAAGGACGAGCACCUGCUUAAAGUUUACUCAUGCAACACUGAAAGCGAGUGGUAUCAAAUACAUGACAACAUUAUUCGGAAAGUCAGCUCCCGGUACAGCCAGGUCAGCUCCGGCACAGGACUUGCUGUUUCACUGCAGUUGCUGCACGGAGACCUGGAGCAGAUUCAGAAGGAGUACAUGCGUCUCUUCACUCGCAACGUCUCCAUCACAAGGAGACUCGGCUUCUCCGAUAUCAUCAUGCCAGGUGAAAUCAGGAACGACCUUUACGUGACCCUAGAGAGAGGCGAGUUUGAGAAAGGCGGGAAGAGUGUGGCGAGGAACGUAGAGGUCACCGUGUACCUACUGGGAGCUGAUGGACAGGGUCUGGUGUUUUCAGGUUCAGGUGAGACCGGGACAGAUGCUGUCCACUCAUUUGUCCUGUACCACAGUAACAGUCCACGCUGGUCAGAGCAGAUCAAGCUGUGUGUUCCUCCAGAGCUGUUCAGACUCGCUCACCUGCGCUUCGAGUUCAGACACUGCUCUACAAAGGAAAAAGGAGAAAAGAAGCUUUUUGGUUUCUCAUUUGUGCCACUCAUGCAAGAGGACGGAAGAACCCUUCCUGAUGGCACGCAUGAACUCAUCGUUCACAAGUGUGAAGAGACUGCAAACCUGCAGGAUUUGUCUCGCUACCUCAAGCUGCCCUUCUCUAAAGCCAGUCUACAACCUGGAACCAACCAGACCAUUAAGAGCAGCAAAGAGUCCUUCUGGAUCCUCUCGACCCUCUGCUCCACCAAACUCACACAGAAUGGAGACAUGUUGGAUUUGCUGAAGUGGAGAACUCAUCCGGAACGGAUCAUGGACGGCUUGUCCAAACUGAAGGACAUGGACGGCACGGAGAUAGUUAAGUUUUUGCAGGACACCUUGGACACACUGUUCGCCGUGUUAGACGAGAGCCCGCAGAGAUACGGACUGAAAGUAUUUGAUUGUUUGGUGCAUGUCAUCAAUUUGCUGCAGGACAGUAAAUUCCAGCACUUCAAACCCGUCAUGGACAACUACAUUGAGAAUCAUUUUGCAGGAGCUUUGUCAUACAGAGACCUGAUCCGAGUUUUGAAGUGGCAUGUGGACCGGAUCAUCGACGCUGAGCACCACGAGCAGAUACAGCAGGUCCUGAAGGCUGCAGAGUACCUGUUUAAAUACAUCGUGCAGUCUCGCAGGCUCUAUGCUGCAGCCACUGCGUCACAGGGUGAGGACGAGUUCCGCUGCUCCAUCCAUGAACUCUUCAAAUCUGUCCAUCUGUUCCUUUCUCAUGAGAGCAAAGGAAUCAGUCCCAUCACACACACACAGGCUGUGUUCCUGAGGUCAUUUUCCACCGUGUGCUGUGAGCUCCUGAAGGUGUUCGGUGUGCGUGAGGUGGCGAAUCUGGCGCGAGACACACUGAGCAGCCUUCCUGCUCUGACACACACAGACUGCCCUCUGCAGGCUGUCAGGCUACAGUGCGUUGCCAAGACUGUAGAGAGCCCACUUUAUACCAAUCCAGAGUCACGAUGUGUGCUUCUACCCGUGGUUCUCCAUCUCCUCCUCACUUAUCUGAAGGAACAGAAGGAGUUGGUUCUGUGUGCGAACAUCCUCACCAGCAUGCUGUCUAUCGUCCACAGAGACCCGAACACAGAGUGUGUAGCACCUGAAGAGGUGAAUGUAAUAAUGGAGAGUCUGUCCGGAGUGUUAUUGAGAACGAUACUGGAGGUAACUAAUCGUCCUCAGCCAGCGGCCACCUCGAUGCGUCUGCAAUAUCAGGACGUGACUGGUGAGUUUGUGGCCUGUUUGCUGACUCUCCUAAGGCAGUUAAGUGAUAAGGACUACCAAAAACUACUGAAUCGAUUCCCUACAAAAGAUGAGCUGGCGAAUUUUCUUCUGCAGCUCUUCACUGUCUUCAGGAUACUGAUUCGGCCAGACAUGUUUCCUAAAGACUGGACAGUCAUGAGAUUGGUCACCAACAACGUGAUCAUCACCACGGUCCUGUAUCUCUCAGACACUCUCCGAACCAACUUCCUUAAUGAGAAAUUUGACUUCAAGGUGUGGGAGUCCUAUUUUUACCUCUCUAUAAUAUUCAUCAUCCAGCCGUGUCUCCAGCUGGAGACGUUCCCUCCAUCCAAAAGGAAGAAAGUUCUGGAGAAGUACGGAGACAUGCGAGUGAUGAUCGGAUGUGAGAUCUUCAGCAUGUGGCAGAAUCUGGGAGACUAUAAAGUGAAUCUGAUCCCUGCUCUGAUUGCUUCGUUCCUGGAGGUGACCCUGGUGCCACAGCCCGACCUGAGAAACGUCCUCAUCCCUGUCUUUCACGACAUGAUGGACAGCGAGGAACGUCGCAACGGCAACUUCAAGCAGGUGGAGGCGAAGCUGAUCGACAAGCUGGAGAGUCUGAUGUCAGAGGGGAAAGGAGAUGAAACCUACAAGGAGCUCUUUAACAACAUAAUCCCGCUGUUCGGUCCGUAUCCGAGCCUGCUGAAAAAGAUCGAGAGAGAAACAUGGAGAGAGAGCGGAGUGUCUCACAUAGCCACAGUUACACGGCUUAUGGAGAGAUUACUCGAUUACAGGGACUGCAUGAAGAUUGGCGAGGUCGAUGGGAAAAAGAUCGGCUGUAACGUCAACCUGCUGAACUUCUACAAGACGGAGCUGAACAAAGAGGAGAUGUACAUCCGCUACAUCCACAAGCUCUAUGAGCUCCACCUUAAAGUCCAGAACUAUACAGAGGCAGCCUACACUCUGCUGCUGUAUGAUGAGCUGUUGGAGUGGACCGAGAGGCCUCUGAGGGAGUUCCUCACCUACCCCAUGCAGAGCGAGUGGCAGAGAAAAGAGUGUUUACAUCUCACCAUCAUUCAUAACUUUGACAGGGGGAAGUGCUGGGAGAAUUGUAUCAUCCUGUGCCGAGAGCUGGCCAAUCAGUACGAGGCUUACUAUGACUACAGGAACCUGAGCAAAAUGAGAUUGAUGGAGGCUUCUCUCUAUGAUAAGAUAAUGAAUCAGCAGAGGUUGGAACCGGAGUUCUUUAGAAUCGGGUUCUACGGCAAAAAGUUUCCCUUCUUCUUACGGAAUAAAGAGUUUGUGUGUCGGGGGAACGAUUACGAACGGUUGGAGGCGUUUCAGCAGAGAAUGCUGAGUGAGUUUCCUCACGCCAUCGCCAUGCAGCACGCCAACCAGCCCGACCAGACCAUACUGCAGGCGGAGGCACAGUACCUGCAGGUCUACGCAGUCACUCCUGUCCCAGAGAAUCAGGACGUGCUGCAGAGAGACGGAGUGCCGAGUAACAUCAAGAGCUUCUACAAAGUCAAUCAUAUCUGGAGGUUUCGCUACGACAGACCCUUCCACAAGGGGACGAAAGAUAAAGAGAAUGAGUUUAAGAGUCUAUGGGUGGAGAGGACCACACUGAGUCUGGCACAGAGUCUCCCAGGCAUAUCUCGCUGGUUCGAGGUGGAGAAACGGGAGCUGGUGGAGAUGAGUCCUCUGGAGAACGCCAGCGAGGUGAUUGAGAACAAAACCCUUCAGCUGCGAACGCUGAUCGCACAAUGCCAGACGCGGCAGAUGCAGAACAUCAACCCUCUAACUAUGUGUCUGAACGGGGUGAUCGACGCCGCCGUGAACGGAGGACUCGCUCGCUACCAGGAGGCAUUUUUUGCAAAAGAUUACAUUUCCAAUCACCCGGAGGAUGGAGAUAAGAUCACUCGUCUCCGAGAGCUCAUGUUUGAGCAGGCACAUAUUCUGGAGUACGGCUUGGCUGUGCACGAGAAAUUCGUUCCACAGGACAUGCGUCCGCUGCACAAAAAACUCAUCGACCAGUUCCAUGUGAUGCGAUCCAGUCUGGGUAUACAGCCACAGGAGUUUCCUGCGUACGUGCGCGUCAGUCCUCUGCAUUUUGCCAACGGCAGCCCUCGAACCUGCAGGACUCCUGUCCCGAAUGCCAUCAGUCCAGAUGGAGGACGAAUAGUGGCUCGGCGCAGCCCACUCAGUUACCCGGCUGUCAAUCGCUACUCAUCCUCUUCGCUGUCAUCACAGGCCUCCAACGACGUGAGCAACAUCACAGGCCAGUCGGAGAGCUCGGAUGAAGUCUUCAACAUGCAGCCGAGUCCGUCUACCUCAAGCCUCAGCUCGAACCACUCCGGCUCUCAUAACGUGAACAACGCAGCUCCCUCAAGCAAUAGAGAUUCCCUCCCAUCAGCGUCUCCACUGCCAUUGGACAAACACAAGCAUUCAAAAGAAAGCGCAUGUCUCUCCCCAAGAGACCGACUGUGCAGCAGCGUCUUCUCCAACCCGCUGGACCCAACACAGAGGAUGAUGCCGUUCCAGAUAGACGCGAGCCUGCCACGAUGUGAGGCCAGUUUCCCCACAGCAGAAACCGCUCACAGCAAGAACAUAAGGUCUCUGUCUCCUAUGCCAACCUCAAAGUCUCCUCAAAAGACCUCAGCUCCUCCCCUCACCCCCUCUCCUACUGACGGUUUGCCCACGGGCAGCUUAGCAUCGCACUCACCCGCUCGCUCUGGCAGCUACAGCAGUGGCAUCUCGUCUCUGAGCCGCUGCAGCGUGUCUGAGACUUGUGGCAUAGACGUGGCACCGACUGAGCCGUCCGUGCCUUCGGUCCUGCCUACUGAAAACGCCAUCCGCCGCGGCAGCAAGACGCCGCCACCCUACAGCGUGUACGAAAGGAACAACCCGCGCCGUGCCACCCCACUUCCCCACAGCCUGUCAGUGCCGCCUGCCACAGACAGCACCAACCUUCCCACCAAACCGCAACUAAGCCGCACGCAGAGAAUCAACUCGGAGCCGCGGCACAGGAUCACACCACGGAAAGUCUCCCAGCUGUAGAAUUCCAGCACAGGAGCAGUACCUGGAACUGUCUAUGCAGAUCAACCAGGUUAUGCUGAAUGUCUAGUAGUAUGUACUGAGUCACAACGUCUGGACUCAAUGUGUAGUCUUGAAGAUGUUUCACCGUUGAAAACUAAUCCUCUUCGCAAUGAUACCACAAAUCUAUUCGCUUCGACUUCACCUACUAGACAAACCAGACUGAUUCCGUGAGGCAAGCAGAAAUAUAUUACAGAUGCAGUUUUUUUUCUAUUGACUGAAAGGAACACAACUGCUUGUUUUUUGUUUUUUUGUUUUUUUUUUUGCUUCUUGCAAUCUUUGUGAGCUACUAAUGGACCUGCAUAACUGCAGCGUCCGGUGGGUUUUAAGUUUAUCUUUUGUGAAUGUUUUUUACUUUCAAAAAUUGAAUUCAAUUCAUACUCUGCAUGGAGGUGUAUCAGCGCUUCAAUUUCUCAUAACCAAUUAUUACAGCUGAACUGGAAUUGACUCAGUGUUAUAUAUAUAUAUCGCACAUAUUUUCCAUUAGUAUACAUCCAUGGCUAGUGAGACUCGUGUACAAACGUAGCCGUUAAGAGAUUAGAAUCUACUCUAAAAGGGCAUAUAGUUUACAGUUCGGUUUUUAGAUCUGGCAGGUCCACAUACCACUUUAGAGCAAAGGUCUGAAUCAUACCGGUAUUUUUGAUAGAUGUACAAAAAGCUCAUAUCUGUACAGUAUUCCGCUUAUUCGACGGCAAUGUUUUUAGGCCUUAUACACGGACAAAGAUGUGCAGCUAGUCCUGCAUCCUGUUUUAACCGCUUUGUCCUUUCUGGAAUGGCUGAAAGGUGCUACAUAUUUCUUAAGUGUUUCUUUCUGGCGUAGCCUCGUAGCUGCCGAACCUGCCUGACCGUUAAUUGUGCAAUGUAAUGAAAUCGUGUGGUCUCCAAGUAUUGUGCCAAAGAAACAAAACAGUAUUAACAUUUCUGUCGGUGAGAGUAGCUAGGGCAGCUUAGAGCUCACAUAGCCACGUGAACGCUUGUGCUUGACAAUGUGCUUUUUAUGCUGUGCGCCGGAGCCUAGAGUACGAUAGCAUGAGGCAUGUACAGCAUCAAGCAAUAUAACCAGUGUAGUUUCCUAAAGAGUGUGACACUCGAAGCACAGAAGGCGCAGAUUGUUUUUUUUAUUAUUAUUAUUUCAACUUUCAGCAAUUUCAGAAAGUUUACUUUGACGUUAGCAGAAUUUCAUCAACAACAUGGUGGUUCGAAGGGUCAUUUCUAAGAGUGUAAGGGAGCUGAGCUUGAUUUUAGUUUCAGGUGAUCAUGCACAAAAGUUAAAACCAGUUUUUAACUGCCAAAAGCACAGCAGACAUGGAAUUAAAGGUACUGAUUUUUUUUUUUUUAAUUCUUUUUUUGUCAUUGUUUCAACUUUCUUAAAGAAUGUAAAAAUGAUUUUACAUUAUUAAGGAUUAUUUCCAGGUUUUUUACAUUGGAUAUUUUUUGUCAGUUAUAAAUGGAGUUUCAGUUUAAUGAUUAAACAGGAAAUUUGUACCAUGUUCAAGACUUUUCCCCUUCUCCCAUUUCAGAUUUUUUUGAAAUUAUGUUAACAUUAAUUGACUUUAACAUGUCUUGAAGUGUUCUCAAGUGAAUUCCAACCAUUAACUAGGCAUGUGCCGAUAAUCGAUUACAAAAAUAGAUUGCAAAACUUAACAAUCAGUAUUAUUAUUAAUAAUAUUUUAGACACUGUGUUGGAAAGCUGUCUUCGAAUUUUCCUUCGUUUGACGUCGAGAGGAAGUUGCGUUUCCUCCUCAGAGAAUGUAUUUUUAAAAAACUUAAUGUUGAUAAUAUUGUAAACUGGGACAAACGGCCUGGAAAUUACCACGAUAUAAAAAUUUUAUCUGUACAUGCAUACUGAUGCCUGAAAAGUAACCUUUCCUGUAAAAUAUAUUACCUUCUGUGUGCCGCCACACAUGCAACAACAAAUGCAAAAAUAAAAAUCUUUAGUGAAAAGCAACAAGAAUGACAAAACAUCUAAUAGCUAUUCACUGCCGAUCCGCAAACAGAAAUCAUUUGACGGGUUUAACUGCAAAGAUGAUUAAUACUGUAAGAGACCCACAAUACAACCUUUUGACAUUUUAAUGGUUGUUUAAUUUGUUUCUAGUUGCUACAAUUGCUACUCUGUUAGUCAGUAUAUUGUUACUAUGAUGUUUGCACAUGUUAAGUAAAAAAAAAAAAAAAAGGAAAAAAAAAUUAAUCUGGAAAAUUUUCCUUUACAUUGUCUGAAUUUUAUAUUUAAACAUUCUUGAUGGAAGACGGACUAAUAACUAUCCGGUUCAAUUUCUUACAGGGUAAUUUGAGUAAUUCAAGCACUAACAAAAAUAUUACAGAUAAUCGUCCCACACGAGAAAAAGACGAAACGGUAAUAUGUGCCAAAAGAUAAUGAAUUUGCAACUGAGUGACACUAAUACUAACUAAAUACUAAUAAUAUGAUUGAAGCAGCACAGCUAGACAACAGCUUUGUUUGUUUGUUUGUUGUUUGAACCUCACUGUAAUUUUAUUGUUCUUGUAAAGAAGCACAGUUUCAAAUCUUAUACCGGUCAUCGGUUUCUAAAGCAUACCCGAGUAAUAGCAGCUAAAGUGGAUUCAGGUUUGGAAACGCAUGACUCUGUAAAUGGUGAUCAUUAGAACGUUGCUUGUGUGGAUGACAUAAACAGUGUUGCAGUUGUGUUCACAUAUGCCUAUGCUACUAAAGUUACUUAUUCUAGGCAAUUUUGUAAUUUUUAAUGGAUUGCCUAGUGACCACUUUUAGAAAAACGAACUAGUAUUCUUGUAUUAUCUCUCUUUUUCUCUCACUUUCUCACUUUUUGUAUGGAUUAGGUUUUAUCUUUUUUUGUUCAAUUUUUUGAACCUGUAAAGUUGUACUUUAUAUCAUAUAAUGGGAUGAAAGUAUUCCAUAUAGCCCGUGUUACAGAUUUUGUACAAACUGUGUUUAUAUGAAAAUGUAACCAGUUCAUAGGCUUUGAAUGUUGCAAUGAAAAUUUUUAUUUGUAAAUGUUGACUAUUAGACAUUAAUGAAUAAAGGUUGAUUGGUGUAAAAAAAAAUGGUUAAAAAAAUAAAAGCAUAUUAACAUUCCACUAUUAAAACACUUAUAACACACA